AAACAAGAAGAGGAACAGGAGGAGCCCAGCAUUCUGCUGACUGGACAGGGAGACUCAGAGGAGCGGCAAACUUCAGCAAAUGGUGUAGGGAUUGAGGAAGAGACUGAGGAGGGGUGUGAGGAGGAAGAAGAGGAGCAGAGUGUGACUAACGUAUUUUGUAGCGAAGAAAGUGAAGAGGCAAAAACUGUCAGUUGUGUGAGUGAUGUGGAGGUUUCUGCAGAGCUACUACAAAGUGAUGAUACUGGACUAACCUUAAACCCAGAUAAGCUAAUUGAUCUGCAACAGUCAGAGUUUCUGGAGGAAAGUCAGCACUCAGGGACUGAAGAGGACAUAGAAAUACUGGAACGGUUACAUGAAGAUCCCACACGUCAGACUGAAGAGCCAGAGAUGUGUGAAGAUGUAGCUCAGAAUGUGGAACCAGAACAGUCGGAGGCUGUGGACAAUGGUGAAGAAGCUUUGAUACAAGAGGCAGAAAAUGCAGAGAGGAUAGAAAACUCACAAGAGAUACUAGAGCUGACUGAAAACCUGGAGGAGACAAGUUGCUCUGAGCAACCAGAUUGCGAUCAGACAGCUUUUGAGGAGGGAGAGGCAUCACCACAGCCCGAACACUCGGAAUCCGAGCAGCUGGAAAUGACCAAAGAGCCUGAGCAGAUAGAGGAGCAACACUCUGAAGACUCUGAGCAGUUAGGACAGUCAGAACAUUUGGAACAGUCACCACAGAUGGAGCUGACAGAGCAAUCAACCCAACCUGAAAAUACAGAGCAGACAGAGGAGUCGGCUCAGUUAGAGCAGACAGAGGAGACAGAGGAGUCAGCUCAGUCAGAGCAGUCAGUUUGUGUUGAUGCGGAAGCAAUUGCAGAGCAGCAAGAACAGACAGAGCCAACAAUGCAGAAUGAGCAGUCACAGCAAAUGACCAACUCUCCUCCACCACCUCUCCCUGAGCAGCUUGUGGAACCAGAGAAUUCAUACCAGUCAGAAAUAACAGAGCAGAUGUCUCCGGAGGCUGAGGUCACACAGCAGACAGCAGAGGUGGCGUUAAACCAGGUGGGCACACAGGCUGAGACGUUACAGCAGGCUGAAGAAGUAGGAGUUUCUGAGAAUGGAGAUGCACAAACAGUCAUAGCAAAUGGAGAGCAACCCAAGCCCCCCGAGACAGCUGUGCCUCUUAUGAAUGGAGGUGAGGUGGACAGAGAGAUGGCCCACCACCUCGCUGAACGGCUGUACAAGUUGGACGGGAUCCAACGUGUAGACGUGGUGAAGCACUUAGAUAAAGAUAACGCCUUCAGUCACGCUGUCGGAGAGGAAUACCUCAAAUUCUUUGAUUUCACCGGGCAAACCCUGGAUCAUGCCCUGAGAUCUUUUCUGAAAGUUGUGAUACUGAUAGGAGAGACCCAGGAGAGGGAGCGUGUGCUGCAGCAUUUCUCCUGCCGCUUCCAUCAGUGUAACCCAGACUCCUUCUCCUCUUCAGGUGCUGUGUUGGCUCUGACGUGCGCUUUGAUGCUUCUCAACACAGACUUGCAUGGACAGCAUGUGGGAAAAUCCAUGUCCUCCUCUAAGUUUGUGUCCAACUUGGAUGGGAUGAAUGAGGGUGAAAACUUCAGCAAGGAUCUCCUGAAAAGUCUUUACAAUUCCAUUAAGAGUGAGCCGCUGCAGUGGGCUGUUGAUGAGGAGGAGUUGAAGACCUCUGUGUUGCUGGACGAAGAUACGGGAGACGAUGCACCGCUGCGCUCAAAAGCCAACCCCUUCCAGGAUGUUCCUCACGACAAAAAGGCCUCAGUGGUCAAAGAGGGAUUCCUCCAGAGAAAGCUUCAUGCGGACAUUGACGGCAAACGCACUCCCUGGGGGAAGAGAGGCUGGAAAACUUUCUAUGGAGUUUUGAGGGGAAUGGUCCUUUACUUACAGAAGGAUGAUUACAGGAGGGAUCAUCAGACUAAUGAGGAGGUGGUGAGUGUGCACCACUCUCUGGCCGAGCCGGCGGCCGAUUACACCAAGAAGCCGCACGUGUUCCGUUUGCAGACGGCUGAUUGGAGGGUUUUUCUCUUUCAGGCCUCAUCCAAAGUAGAGAUGAACUCGUGGAUCAGCCGCAUCAACCUGGUUUCGGCUCUUCACUCCUCGCCUCCGUUCCCCGCUGCUGUCGGCUCCCAGAGGAAGUUCUUCAGGCCAAUCCUCCCCGCCUCGCAGUCUGCUCACACUCUGGAUCGUCAGCUGCAAUCUCAUGCAGGUAUGCUAGAGUCCUUCAAGGCGGACCUAUCGUACCUGCACCAAAACACGCCGGAGGGCAAAAAAGCUAAAGCCAAGGAGCUGGAGGAGCAUCGCGUCAGAGCAGAGUACCUGCAGCACGAGAUGUGCCGCUAUGAGACCUACAUCCAGGUUCUGGAGGGCUGGAUGAGCGUGCAGAAGACAGGUGAUGACGUGUUGAGCGCUGCAGACCUGAUCCUGUUCGAUAAAGCCGUGUGUGCUGACUCUGUGGGGGAGGAAGAGGAGGAGGAGGGCAGCCUGAAAAAGUCUCACUCCAGCCCCUCUCUAGAGCUAGAGAUGGCUCCUCCGACUGUGGUCAAAGUCAGACGCAAUAUCUCUGAAAGACGGACUUAUCGCAGGACUAUCAUCCCUCGAUGGAAUAAAGAGGCCUGAGAGAUGUUUUCCUCAGAGAUAAUACGACCGGUUCGUGGCCUUUUACAAAAGCAGUUUUAUAUAUUUCUGCUGCGAGCUGAUGGGAAGCACUGAGCACAGGAGCAGGAAAACACCAGAGUUAUAAAUGAAAUCUGUCUCAGCAAGUUGUUUGGUUUUAGUGUCUUUCUGCAUUUUUAUCUUGCGCACUUUUUCAAAAAUAAACCUCAGGGAAUCCCCGACUCUCAGGCUGUCUCAUAAUAGAGGGGGAGAACCUGAUUCUUUGGUUGAGGGACUCAGAAUGUCUGGGCCUAAUUUAUUUUGUUUUUUAAAAAAUAAUUCUGGCCUGUUUUAAUACUCAAAAUAGUUCUAAAUUGGUUUAAUUUGCAGUGUUGUACGUCUUGGUACAAAAGGUGCCUUUUAAGACUUGCACCACAAGAGGGUGCUGUAGUACAGGACAUGUCUGAGUGAAUGUAGAGCGAUGAGAUGUGGGGUCAUUUAGUUAAAAACUUGUUUUAAGAAACCCUAAUUGCACUUUUGUUGUUUUUAAUAUUGUGCAUAGAUUGUUGAUUUGUUAAUGUCACUGUCACAUAUUCUGUUCAUAUGAAGGGUUUAUUUCCAACGUGCUUUGUAUUUUCUUCUCUUUUGGGGAAAAAUAAAAUGUUACUUGUGUUACAUGUUUAUCAGUCA